CAACACACGGAAGAGGGAGAUGUACGUGCAAUACACUACACAACAGCCAUAUGUCUUCGGCGGCCGAACAACAAUUUUACGCAACUUUGUCUAUGGUUUAUGAGCCACAAUGUUGAGACAAAUUUCUAGAACGUUAGUCCAGACACACAGAACAUUGUCAAGAUCAUGUGUAAGUGGAGAAAGCUACAAAAGCACCUACAAUCUUGAGAGAUUGUACCCGAAUAGUAUCGUUGAUGUCACCGUCGGAGUUGAUAGAUCUCAGGAACACAGAACAAACUUAGAUGAACAUUUUGAUGGACAUAUACCUGUAGGCCAGCUGACGGUCAAAUACAGCUGCAGUAGCGGAGCAGGUGGCCAGAAUGUAAAUAAAGUUCAAACUAAGGCUGAUGUGAGGUUUAACAUAGAGUCAGCAGACUGGCUGCCAGUGCAUAUACGACAGCAAAUUCAAGAAAAGAAAAAGACAAAGAUAAACAGUAAAGGCGAGCUAAUCGUCACAUCGGAGCGAACGAGAUCACAGAUCACAAACUUCUCCGACUGCCUUCAGAAGAUCCGAGAUAUCAUUGAGGAAGUUCAAAGGAAACCCAAAGAGCCAACAGAAGACGAUAAAGCUGUUGUAAGGAUGAGAGUGGAGCGAGCAAACAGAGAGAGAUUAAGGAAAAAGAAGAUACACUCCGCCACCAAGAGUGAUCGCAGGGUCAUGUUUGAUUAACUCUUAUUAAGACAUCAAUCUGAUCAUUCAUAAAUACCUCAGACAGUUUCGCUAUUCCUAUUGGUGGAGAGCGCGUCACGUGAGUGUGUAUAAA